AUCCCAAACCCUAACCCCCCCUCCCCCCUCCCCACACCCCGAUCCCACGCCCCCCCCAACCGCACGACGCGGAUGGCGCCGUCGGUGCCGAAGAAGAAGCGCAAGGUGAAUCUCCCGGAGAACGAGGAGGUCGCGGCCAGGAUCUUCGACAAGAGCCGCUCGAUAGCGUCCCAGCAGCCGGGCGGCCUCCCGGAGCACCAGGCCCGCGCGCUCUCCGCCGCCUACAGCGGCGUCUGCACCGCCAAGGAGCCCGUCCGGACCGCCGGCGACCUGGCCCGUCUCAAGGGCGUUGGAGGUUGGGUUGUUGACGUCAUGAAAGACUGCUUUCCAGGGUCCAGCCUUGAUUUGUCUCCUCCGAGAAGUAAUACACCAGGAGAAACGGGAAAGAAAAGAAAGCGAAACAAACCCUAUGUGCCACAGCUGAAUUCAGCUGCUUACGCAAUAGUGAUCACACUCUACAGGGAAAUGAUAAGAGGGACGGAGGUUAUGAAGAAGCAAGAGCUUAUUGAUGCCGCUGAAGCCAGUGGUCUGUCGCGAAAGGCAAUAGGCCCAAACAACUACAAAUCAAAACACGGGAAUUCUGGUAGUGACUUCUACACUGGAUGGAGUUGCAUGAAAAACUUAACGGAAAAGGAUCUCGUUGUGAAAAAGAGUAACCCUGCAAAGUAUUACCUAACAGAAAAAGGCAAAGAGACUGCUCGCAUUUGUCUCGCAAAGUCUGGAUUAGACGAUCCUGCAGGACCUUUCAUGGCGACCGGUCAUCCUGAAAGUGUUAUGCUCAGUGAUUCAGAUUCUGAUGAACAAGAAGGCAGCAGUCCCCUGAUAGGUUCCGAGAAUUUUUCUGAAAGGAGUGGACUUCCAAACUCGAAAGCAGGCAAUUCCAGUUCCUUUCCUACCAACAAUGGCCGUGCUACUAAUUCUCCUCUUUCAUCUCAAGGAAUGUUCGGACAGCAAUCAUUUAGUGCAAUGGGUUCUGCUGAAAACUCUCUACUAGCUAUGCCACCUCGUCAAUGUGAUGAAAGUUUUCUGGAUACUUAUGAAGUGGUGCUGAUAUUGGAUGAUCGAGACACUUUUGGGGCUCGUGCCAGAAGAAAAGUUGUUGAUAACAUACACACGCAGUUUGAUGUACCUGUAAAGAUUAAACACUUGCCUGUUGGAGAUGCUCUUUGGAUUGCUCGCCAUAAACAACUUGGCACGGAGUAUGUUCUUGAUUUCAUUGUUGAAAGGAAAAAUGUGGAUGAUUUGCUUGGCUCAAUUAAAGACAACAGAUACAAAGAUCAAAAACUAAGACUGAAGAAAUGUGGGCUAAGGAAGCUAAUAUAUCUAGUUGAAGGGGAUGUAAACACUGUAGAUGGAUCAGAGAGCGUUAAAACAGCCUGCUUCACUACUGAGGUUCUUGAAGGAUUUGAUGUCCAAAGAACCAAUGGGUAUGCUGACACUGAAAAGAAAUACGGCCACCUCACACGCUCUAUAAUUGAUUACUACAGAACAAACUUCUCUGCUGGUGCUGACACCUCUCGACUUUGCCUGACCUACGAUGAGUUUGUGAAGAGGUGUUCUGACCUUGAGAAGGUCACUGUGAGCGACAUAUUCGCCCUUCAGCUUAUGCAGGUGCCACAAGUGACAGAAGAAGCUGCUCUUGCUGUCACGAGUCUCUACCCCACUCUUCUCUCGCUUGCUAAGGCGUACGCCAUGCUUGACAAUUCAACAUGUCUGUAGAACUAUAAGUUUAUCCUUGUAACUUUGAAGGAUGGCGAUAGGCGUGCCCAGGAGGAGAUGCUGAAGAACAAGAGCGACAUGGUCAACGCGGGGGCUAGCAAGAACAUCUUCAAGCUCAUCUGGGCGGAAGGAUGAACUCCUCCCUGGACGUACAACUAGCUAGUUUCAACCUUAACGGCUUAACCGGUCGGUCUUUUGGUCACCGUCGUGAUGAUUUCAGCAGACCACCAACGCAGCAGGACUGACUUUCAAGUUUGGAAGGUGAAAUGCAGGAGGGAUCCUUUCUGUGUUGUGUGCCCGUUGCCUUGCAAAACUGAAAGUCUCGGAACAUGUAAUUACCGUACCGUACCUCCUAAAAAUUGCCUUAGCGUAGCCUCGUCCCCUGUUUAAAUUACUACUCCAUCCGUUUGGAAUUACUCGUCCAAGAAAUGAAUGUAUCUAGAUGUAUUUUAGUUGUAGAUACAUUCAUUUUUGUGACAAGUAAUUCCGAACGAAGGGAGUACUAAUAUAUGUUGUAGAAUUUCAUGCCGCUUGAACAUUAUGGAAUCGUCGUGUUAGCGUAGUGCAUUAGCGCUUCAUGUAUAUAGUAUCAGUAGCUCUUGUCUGUGUCA